GUACGGUGACUUUGAAUGGCAAUAUACUUUUAAUGCAUUAAGUACGGAAUGGAAAAAUGAAUUUAUAGUGUAUAUUGCUAUACACUGAAGAGCACACACGCGCACUCACUCACACAUUCUCCCUCCCUCCCUCCUCUCUCUCUCUCUCUCUCUCUCUCUCGCUCUCUCUCUCUCUCCCCCGUUUUUUCCACACCUCAAAUAACGGCUCGUGUGAUAUAUUUCUGCAUAUAAUUUGUGUACAAGGGGCUAUAUAUUUUGUCGACGUGAAUGGCUCUCAGCGGUCGUGGAUUUAAAAUUUUUAAUAUAUAUUUAUAUAUUUCGCUGGAAUAUUGCCCAACGUCGUCUGCAACUGUACAUUAUAUUACUUAAUUAUUUAAUUUCUGGUUGGUGUGAUAUUUUUGUGCGCCGAGAGAUUGUCGACAAGCGAAGACUACGUUCAAUGCCGUUAGAACAUGUCCUAUGUUCCCUUUCAAGAUGCGAGGUGUGCCGCCCCCCCCUCCUAUCGCCCACAGGGCCCGCCCCUUGGCCCCUCCUACGACCGUCCUGGCUGGAACCCGCGUCUUUGUGUGAUAUCCGGAAAUCAACUCUAUAUGUUAGACCAGGAGGAGGUGCACCCUCUGUUGAUGCGCGAGCGGCGCUCCGAGUCGCACAGGAACAAGCUGCUGCGGCGGACGGUCAGCGUGCCCGUUGAGGGGAGACACCACCCCGAGAUCGAGCACGCUCGCGCCCGUCGAAAGAGCAUAGCUACCGGGAAACAGCCAAGCAUGGAGAUCCCUCCCACAGCCCCCCCUCAACCCUUCCGACAAUCCAGUUUCCUCAGUAGACGCUUGAAGGGCUCCAUCAAGCGGGCCAAGAGCCAACCCAAACUGGACCGCACCAGCAGCUUCCGCCAAAUGAUCCUGCCUCGUUUUCGCAGCGCUGAUCAGGACAGGACUCGCCUGAUGCAGAGCUUCAAGGAGUCCCACUCCCAUGAGUCUUUGCUAUCCCCGAGCAGUGCAGCGGAGGCCCUGGACCUCACACUGGAUGAGGAUGCCAUCAUUAAACCUGUCCACUCCAGCAUCCUGGGGCAGGAGUACUGCUUCGAGGUGACUACAGCUUCGGGGACCAAGUGCUUCGCCUGUCGCUCGGCUGCAGAGAGAGACAAGUGGAUCGAGAAUCUACAGAGAGCUGUCAAACCCAACAAGGACAACAGCAGGAGGGUGGACAAUGUCCUGAAGCUGUGGAUCAUCGAGGCGCGGGAGCUGCCGGCCAAGAAGCGCUACUACUGCGAGCUGUGCCUGGACGACAUGCUGUACGCGCGCACCACCAGCAAGCCCCGCACCGACACCGUCUUCUGGGGCGAGCACUUCGAGUUCAACAACCUCCCCGCGGUCCGCAACCUGCGCCUGCACCUCUACAAGGAGACGGACAAGAAGAGGCGCAAGGAGAAGAGCACUUACCUCGGCCUGGUCAGCAUCCCCAUCUCCAGCAUCACUGGCCGGCAGUUUGUGGAGCAGUGGUACCCCGUCAUCCAGCCCAGUGUCCUGGCCAAGGGAGGGGGCGUGGGGGGAGGCAAGAUCAUCAACGCCUCCCUGCGCCUCAAGGCCCGCUACCAGACCAUGAGCAUCCUUCCCAUGGAGCUGUACAAGGAGUUCGCCGAGUACGUCACCAACAACUACCGCACCCUGUGCGCUGUGCUGGAGCCCCUGCUGAGCGUCAAGAGCAAAGAGGAGGUGGCCUGUGCGCUGGUGCACAUUCUGCAGAGCACGGGGAAGGCUAAGGACUUCCUGUCAGACAUGGCGAUGUGUGAGGUAGACAGAUUCAUUGACCGAGAACAUCUCAUAUUCAGAGAGAACACUCUGGCCACCAAAGCCAUAGAAGAGUACCUCAAGUUGAUUGGACACAAGUACCUCAAGGAUGCCAUUGGUGAGUUCAUCAGAGCCUUGUACGAAUCAGAGGAGAACUGUGAGGUUGACCCUAUGAGGACUCCACCUUCUGUCCUCCCCGACCAUCAAGCCAAUCUGCGCAUGUGCUGCGAGCUGGCACUCUGCAAGAUCGUCAACUCCCAUUGCGUAUUCCCACGGGAGCUGAAGGAGGUGUUCGCCUCCUGGAGAGUUCGCUGUGCGGAGAGAGGGAGAGAGGACAUCGCGGACCGCCUCAUCAGCAACUCCCUGUUCCUGCGCUUCCUCUGCCCGGCCGUCAUGUCCCCCUCCCUGUUCAACCUGACCCAAGAGUACCCUGACGAGCAAACGUCCCGCACCCUCACGCUCAUCGCCAAGGUGGUGCAGAACCUGGCCAACUUCUCCAAGUUUGGCAGUAAGGAGGAGUACAUGUGGUUCAUGAAUGAGUUCCUGGAGAUGGAGUGGGGCUCCAUGCAGCAGUUUCUGUACGAGAUCUCCAACCUGGACAGCAUGACCAACGCGGGGGGCUUUGAGGGCUACAUCGACCUGGGCCGGGAGCUGUCUAUCCUGCACAGUCUGCUGUGGGAAGUCAUGGCCCAGCUAAGUAAGGAUGCGAUUAUCAAACUGGGCCCCUUGCCACGCCUUUUGAAUGACAUCAGCAUGGCCCUUCGGAACCCCCAUUUGCAGAGGCAGCCGAGCCACCAGAUGGACAGGCCACCCCCUGACAGACACACGGAAAGGUUGCUCUCCCGUCCCAGCUUCACCCGGGGCAUGUCCUCGGACUACCAGAGCUUCAUGAUGAGGGACCUCAAUAGCUCAAUAGACAUGACUCGACUGCCUUCACCUACCUCCGGUCUCUCCAGUGGGGGGGUCAUGCCCCCGCGGGCGGCUAUGGGGAGCUUUGCAGAUCGGGAUCACCAGCAUCGGGCCUCGAAAGACGUAUUCUAUGUGACCCGCCCCCCCUUGGCCCGAUCCAGCCCGGCCUACUGUACAAGCAGCUCUGACAUUACUGAGCCAGACCCAAAGUCUGUGGGCGACAUGCUCAACUCCUCCCAAGCCUCCAUCUCCGGUCUGGGCAGCUAUGGGGGGCUGGGGGGCCUCGGGAGCGGCCUCGGGGGGCCGCUGCGCGCAGGGGGGCGCCUGUCGGCCGGCUCGGGGGGAUCCAGCAUGUCCGGCGGCCUGCGGCUGAGCCAGAUGGGGACCACCACGGACUCCCUGUCGCAGCAGCAGCAGGCGGCUGCCCUCCGCUACCCGCUGUCCUUCCAGAACCCCCUUUUCCACAUGGCCUCCGACGGGCCCCAGCUGCACCACCAGCACAGCCGCGCCCAGCCGCCGCCGCCCCUCCUCCUGGCCCCCGAGCCGGAGGUCGUCCACUCCUCCUACGUCCCCGCCUUCGGCCACGGGGGCUUCUCCCGCAGCGAGGACCUCUCCACCCUGAGGCCCGGGGCCAACCUGGGCCAGCCCAGCAUCAUCCACUCGCACAGCUACAGCGAUGACUACACCCGGCACAACCAGGCCGACUACAACCGCCGGCAGCUGUCCAUCCACAUGCAGGAUAAUAUCCAGCAGCAGCAGCAUCUUGGCACCUCUCAUUCCUCCUUGGCCACGCCUCCUUCCACCGUUCAGCCAGUUCGCCAGAGCUCUGUAGCUCCUCCUCCUCAGCGUGUCAAAUCCCAGACCUCCCACCAGCUUUCGGUCAGUUCAGCUGCCACCCCAGCGCCCCCAGCUAAGGUGCGCCCACCCAGUGGAAACCUUCUACAAUCCCCAGAGUCCGGCUUCGGGGUCCGACAGGCACCGCGGCAACAGCUGUCAGUCAAGGACAGCCCCGCCCCUGGUCUGCCACACCAGCAGAGUUCAGUCAGAGAGAGCCAGGCCCCCCAGGGACCACAGGGUGGAGUGACGCAGACCCAACAGCAAUCACAGCAGCAGCAGCAGCAGCAACAGCCUCAGCAACAGCACUUACUGAAGCCCUCUAUCAGCAAACAGGGUUCUCAAUCGCCUUCAACCCUAACCCCCAGUCCUGCUUCUGAGCGAACUGUAGCCUGGGUGUCCAACAUGCCUCAUCUCUCUGCUGACAUUGAGAGCUCACGCAUCGACCGGGAGGAAUUCAAACUCAAAGAGUACUCCAAGAGCAUGGAUGAAUCACGUCUAGACAGGGUACGAGAAUAUGAGGAGGAGAUCCACUCCUUGAAGGAGCGGCUCAUAAUGUCCCAUCGAAAGCUGGAGGAGUACGAGAGGCGGCUCCUCACCCAGGAGCAGCAGACCAACAAAAUCCUUCUGCAGUAUCAGAACCGCCUGGAGGACAGCGAGAGGAGGCUGCGGCAGCAGCAGGCUGAGAAAGACACCCAAAUUAAAGGAAUAAUCAGCAGGCUUAUGGCUGUUGAAGAUGAGUUGAGGGGUGGGGCUGUUUCUGAUCUCAAGCCCAGAAUGUUCGCAGACCAGGAGGAGCAGUUUUCCUCCCUGGGUUCUUCAGACCCCGGUGUGAAUGCGGGAGGAGGAGAAAUGACCAUCCUUCCUGGCUCUGGAGUCUCUUCCUCGGGCGUCUCCUCCGCCAGCUCCCCCUGGAAUGGAGUCCUCCCCUCCCUUAACUCCUCCUCCUCUCCCCCUCCUCAUCUGAACCUCAACCAGAAUGGAGAGCUUGGCGGCAACCAAACGUCCUCCCCAGUGACAGCCGCCAUAGCCCCUGGGACCACGGCAACAACAAGAUCAGGAGGGGGAGCAGCCAUUCACAAAGCGUCGAUGAAGCCAAUCUGGAACGUGAUUGGCUGAUGCAGAGCGGGCAGACCUCAGAUUGGCCCGGCCUUAAUCCAGGAGGCCACCCCCACAAUCCGAUUGGCUGACAGAGGGGGAAAGCGGGGCAAGGGAUGUGCACAGCUCCUGUACCCGCCACAUACUGGAUGCUCCACAAUCAUGGAUGACCCUGCAAGAAGCUAUGUCAUUGGAGGAUUCAGAUUGAUGGGGUGUCCCUCCAUUACUUGCUCUCUCUCUCUGAUUGACUGAUUGGCAAGACUUUUUUGUAUUUGACAGCUAUGGUUGGAUAUUUAUUUUCUUCAAAGACAACAAGCACUUAUCUGCCUAUAUGUUGUGAUGGCUCAAUAAGUAUGAGGACAAAAGCUUCCUGGUGGGCAGUUCGUUUAACCCAUUGUGUUUUCAAUAUUUAUGGGGAAAUAAGAACCAACAGAGAAAGGGAGAGAUUGGAUUUAUUUAUUUUACAUUUCCCAAUGGUUUUCCUUAUUUCUCUACCAUCAUUGUACUCAAACCUUAUUUCUUUGUGACAUCCUAUCACAUUUCAAUUCCUCACUUCUAAAUUUUACUUCCUCUCCUUUUGCUGGUUUACCCUCAGCUGUUCUAUUCCUUAUAUUAAUUUCCUCUUUAUCCUCAUUCUAAUUUUCCAUAAUAUCUCUCCCUCUUUAUAAUUUAUUUCUGUACUGUAAGUAGAGUCCUUGCUCCUUAUUUCAUUCAGAUGAAACUUUAAAUAUGCACUGCCUCGAUACAACAUAAACUGAAUAAAUAAGUUCGGUUCCAGUGAAAACCUUGGGCGCUGGAAAUGGACUUACUAUAAUUUAUAUUUUUAUCAUUAUGAUACCGUGUGCUACUUGAACACUUAACUAUUGAGAAGGACUCCCAAAUGCAGAUAAAUACUUCUUGAUAAUGCCACAGUAAGGAGUUCUAAUAAGAAAUGAUCCAUUUUUAAAAACAGCAAAUUUCUUGUGUGACAAUCUCUUGGGACAUUUUUUGUGGAUGUUCAUUUUCCCUGGAUUUAAAUGAAAUGCAAAACUUGUUAUUCCUGCUCCCCACUCUUCAGCGAUUUGGACGUUGCCGUGACUCAAAGCCCUUCCUUCCGCUUUGUCUGGUUGUGUGACAGAGAGGUGGGUGGGUCAGCUUUCUUAAUAAUCGCUGUGGAGCUCUUCAUUUGCGGACGAUCACAGACUACGUAGAAGAGAACAUCUGUCGUGUUAACUUCUCUGCCCCUUCCUUGUUUGUUUUGCUUCUUGAUAUGAUGUGCUAAACUGGGCAGCUACUGUAGCUGGUAAAUCAGUCGAUCGGUGCAAUGAUGAGGUAACUAUGUGGAGCUGAGUUUACGUCUCCUUUCACAUUGAGUUCCCUGUGUGGACUUUAUUGACAUGACGAUGGGAUAUUCCUCUAAUUCCCGCUCUUUUUUAUGCCACUGGGGAAAAAGAGAGAUCAAAAAUGCUUAGAGAUUUAAAAUUGUUUAAGUGAGUGAAUGUGCGUGUGUGUAUAUAUGGUGUGUGUAUAUUCUUUGUGUAUAUACGGGAUGUGUGUGUACAUAAGGUAUGUCUAUGUGUAUAUACGGUGUGUUUGUAUGUAUGCAGUCAGUGCGUGUACAUAGAGAGUGUGUGUUUUCUCUCCCUCACUCUUGCCCCUGUCUAUCUCUGAGCGUAUGCAUGCUGAAAAACAGGGUGAGAACAUCUCUACAAUGCAGGGACGCUGGGUGACAGGCAGUUCAAAAGAGAUCAACUAUAGGACAGGCAUCCUGGAAGCAGGUUUAAUACAGAGAUAUACAGUAGGGAGGAAAUGUGUCUCUUACACAUGCAUACUGUCACAAACACACAUGCACAUACCCACAAACACCCGUUCUUUCCAUAUUUCUCUCUUGCACUCAUAUUGUCACUGAUGGAGGCAUUUUGAAGUGAUUUUGAUGUGACUUAGCAAUGUCUGUAUAUAAAGAAUAUAAUAUUUCCAAUUACCACCAUCUUCAUUAAUAUUACUAAUUCCUAUUAC